GACUUCCUCCCAACCAUUUUACACUACCGUUCCAACAUGAUCAACUGCUGCAUUUGUCUCCAUUCCUACCUCUGAUUUGACUCAUUGGAUGCCGCCUGCAUCUUUUUUUGUUUGUGUUUAUUUGUUUAUUAUUUAUUUGUUUGUUUGUAUUUACUGAUGUCAACUUAUAGACGACUCCUUCACGAGACUCACCCAGGACGUCAACCGUCAACUGUGCUGUAGGGGUGCGGCCUCCUCUCAGCAAUACUUGCACCACGGAGCUCUCCAUCCUUGCAGCGCGGCGGAGAUGGCGGACCCGGCGGAGUGCAGUAUCAAGGUGGUGUGUCGUUUCAGGCCGCUGAACAAAGCCGAGGUCGCCCGCGGAGACAAAUGCAUCCCAAAGUUUCAAGGGGAGGACUGCGUGCAAAUUGCAGGCAAGCCCUACUACUUUGACCGUGUAUUCCAGUCCAAUACUACUCAGGUGCAAUUCUACAAUGCUGUGGCUCAGAAGAUUGUCAAAGAUGUUCUUGGGGGCUACAAUGGUACGAUAUUUGCCUAUGGACAGACAUCCUCUGGUAAAACGCACACAAUGGAGGGCAAUCUCCAUGAUGGUGACAUGAUGGGAAUCAUUCCCAGAAUUGUCACGGACAUCUUUAAUUAUAUUUAUUCUAUGGAUGAAAACCUGGAGUUUCACAUCAAAGUUUCUUAUUUUGAAAUCUAUCUGGACAAAAUCAAAGACUUGCUGGAUGCAACAAAGACCAAUCUUUCAGUCCAUGAAGACAAAAACAGAGUGCCCUAUGUAAAGGGGUGUACCGAGCGCUUCGUGUGCAGUCCCGAAGAAGUCAUGUACUCCAUUGAUGAAGGCAAAAACAGCAGAAGCGUGGCUGUCACAAACAUGAACGAGCACAGCUCGAGGAGUCACAGCAUCUUCCAAAUCAACAUCAAGCAGGAGCACACUCAGACCGAGCAGAAACUCACCAGCAAACUCUACCUUGUCGAUCUGGCUGGGAGUGAAAAAGUGGGGAAAACUGGAGCAGAGGGUACAGUCUUGGAUGAAGCCAAGAUGAUCAACAAGUCCCUGUCUUCUCUUGGGAAUGUUAUUUCAGCUCUGGCCGAGGGCUCGACGUAUGUGCCAUACAGGGACAGUAAAAUGACCAGAAUCCUGCAGGACUCCCUGGGAGGUAACUGUCGGACCACCAUGGUCAUCUGCUGUUCCCCCUCUUCUUAUAAUGAUGCUGAGACCCGCUCUACGCUGCUGUUUGGACAAAGGGCCAAGACCAUCAAGAACACAGUGACGCUGAACGUGGAGCUCACUGCAGAGCAGUGGAAGAGCAAAUAUGAAAAAGAGAAGGAGAAGAACAAGGUACUGAGGACCAGUGUAACCUGGCUGGAAACUGAAAUCAACCGCUGGAGGAAGGGAGAGACUGUGCCAGUGGAGGAACAGUUUGACAAGGAAAAGGCCAAAGAGGAGGCCAAGGCUGCAGACGUUGUCCACAAUGAUAAGACGGGAGCAUCACCGGCACAAGGCAGCCUUCCUGGCGUCAAACUCACUCCGGCAGAGACGGGACAUUAUGAGGCAGAGAUAGCGAAGCUCUACAAGGAGUUGGACGACAAGGACGAGGAGAUUAAUCAACAGUCUCAAAUGGUGGAGACACUUAAGGGGCAGAUGUUGGACCAGGAGGAGCUCCUAGCCUCUUCCCGGCGAGACCAUGAAAGGUUGCAGACAGAGUUGAAACGGAUGUUGACCGAGAAUGAAGCUUCCAAGGAAGAGGUGAAGGAGGUGCUGCAGGCCCUGGAGGAGCUUGCGGUUAACUAUGACCUCAAAAGCCAGGAGGUCGAGAACAAAACACAGGAGUUUGAAGCCCUCAGUGAUGAACUGAAUGAAAAAUCGAGCUCUCUGGCUUCAAUUGACUGCGAACUCCAGAAGCUGAAGGAGAUGACCAACCACCAGAAGAAAAGGGUCGCAGAAAUGAUGUCAUCGUUACUAAAGGACCUAACAGAGAUAGGCCUUGCGGUGGGAAGCAAUGACAUUAAGCAACACGAAAGUAGCGGUGUCAUUGACGAGGAGUUCACGAUGGUUCGACUCUACAUCAGUAAGAUGAAGUCGGAGGUGAAAACCAUGGUGAAACGCAGCAAACAGCUGGAGAGCUCCCAGGCUGACAGCACCCAGAAGAUGGAGGGGACUGAGAGGGAGUUAACUGCCUGCCAGCUGCGUAUCUCUCAGUAUGAAGCUAAAAUAAAAUCCCUGACAGACUGUCUUCAGAACGUGGAGCAGAAGAAAAGACAGUUGGAGGAAAAUGUGGACUCUCUUAGUGAAGAAAUAGUCAGGAUCAGAGCCAAAGAGAGAGUUAAUGUUAUGGAAAAUGAGAUCCAGUCGGCCAAUGAAGUAAAGGAAGCUGUGGAGAAGCAGAUCCUGUCUCACAGAGAAGCCCAUCAGAGGCAGAUCAGUAAUCUGAGAGACGAGGUGGACAGCAAAGACAAGAUGAUCACUGAGCUACAGGAUCAGAACCAGGAGAUCAUGCUGGAACAGGAGAGGUGGCGAGUUGAGCAUGAGAAACUCAAGACAGUGGAGCAGGAGAAGAGUCGCCAGCUACAAGAACUCACGGAGCUGCAGGACAAGCGGGAGCAAACGAAGCAGGACCUGAAGGGACUGGAAGAAACUGUGGGUCGGGAGCUGCAGACACUUCACAACCUCAGAAGACUUUUUGUCCAAGACUUGGUCAUUAAAGUCAAAAAGAAUGCUCAGGUGAGCUCAGAAGAAAGAGAGGUGAGCACUGCGCAGAAACGGAAGAUCUGCUUCCUGGAAAACAACCUGGAGCAGCUCACCAAAGCUCACAAACAACUACUCCAGGACAAUGCUGCCCUCCAGUCUGCGAUUCCUAAAAUGGAGAAGCGCCUGCGGAAUACAGUUGAGCGGAUCAAAGCCUUGGAGGACGCUCUGAAGGAGGCCAAAGAGAGUGCCGCCCGCGACCGCAAACGCCACGAGGAGGAAGUCGAGCGGAUUAGGGAGGCCACCAAGCCCAAAAACAUGGCGAGGAGAGGCUCUGCUCAGAUCGCCAAGCCCAUUCGACCAGGCCAGCUGCCAGGCGCCUCGCUCUUGAACCCCAAUGGAAACAGGUCCAACCUCAUCCAGUGUUAUGGUGGCAUCAAGGAAGGGGAUGACAGCUCAUGAAGGUCAGCUCACCGCAAAGCAUGAAGAUAAAGCCUCAGACGCGCCAUUCUUUUUGCAUCCAAGUGUACAUACUGUACACUUCCUGUAUGCAUUGGCUGUGCAAGUUACCCUUUCAAACUUCCAGUCCUCUGUACAAACCAUUGUCCUUCAAAAUCAAUCUGCUUUGAUUUGAUUCCUUAUGCAUAGUUAAUAGCAAAUUAAAAAUGUAACGUAA